GAGAGAGAGAGAGAGAGACUAAGUCGCUGCAGUCACGCUCAUUUCUCCCGGGCUCUUGCUAAGGAUGCAGCCGUCUCUCCUUCGCCUCCAUGAGGAUGCUGGAGCGCGCACGGACGGACGGAGGCAAGCUCACCGGGCCGCUUGAAAGCGCCCACACCCCGCACAUCAUCCCAUACGAUCACUUUUCCAAACUUGAGAGAACUAUGCACGGGAGUCGAUGCUGAAUAGCCGGCGCGGACUCGUUCUGCAUGCCGCCCUUCCUUCUACUAAGCCGCAUCAGCUGUUGCUUUGGGAAAAGUCGAGGCGACUCCCACUCUAAGGGCAUCGGAUACGAGCAUCACUCCGCGAUGCGCUCUCCGUCUCCCUGACUCCAGCGGAUGCUGACUGCCUCGUUAAUAUUUCAUCAGCUCCCGGUAUCACAUCGGCAUCGUCUCUUCUGAUGGAGAAAGCACAAUCUCAACAAGCACAGCCUCAGCUGUCUGGACCCGAGGCUCCGGAAAGUCCCGCAGAAGACAUUUCCAACCUCACCGACGAGGAGCUCCUUCAAUUGAGCAAAGAGGAGCUGGUGCAGCGAAUCCGGAGGUCUGAAGCCGAUAAAAUGAGCGUUAUUCUGGACCACAGCAAUCUGAUUCGGGAGGUGAACCGCAGCCUCCAGCUGCAUCUGAACGAGAUCCGGGGGCUGAAGUAUUUUUAUGUUUUCUCUGGUGAUGGUAAGGAUGUAAAUCAGAAGUUGCAAGACGACAAUCGGGAACUGCGAGACCUGUGCUGCUUCUUGGACGAUGACCGGCAGAAGGGCAAGCGAGUGUCGCGUGAGUGGCAGCGUCUGGGUCACUUUAGUGCCAGCGUCAUGCGUAAGGAGGUGGCGCUGUACCUUCAGAAGCUGGCAGAACUGGAGCGCAAACAGGAGGAGGUGAUUCAGGAGAACCUGGAGCUCAGGGAACUUUGUGUGCUGAUAGAUGAGGAGAAGGGAGUUAGCGGAGGAGGCCACAGCGGAACGGGUUCCGUUGGAUGUCGCAAUUCCAUCGACAGCCAGAGUGGGCUCCUGGUGCCCGGCUUGUUGCGGGACGUUGGGGACGGAAGCAGCACGUCUAGUGCAGGAAGCGCCGACAGCUCGGAUCAUCCACACCAUAAGCCACAGCCUCCUGGGAACAGCAGCCCGGAUCUCCAAAAGUCACGUCUCGGGAAGGGCGGAGGAGAUCGCGGGGAGAUCUCCAGCCCUGACCCGCCUGUCCGACACAGAAGCACCAGCUUGGAGUAUCCCUUCGUUCUGCCCCAACCCUGCCGGCCUCGCUGUGGCUCCAUAUCUGUGCCUGACCACCGGCUGAUUAGAGGGCUCAGUCCGGAAAAGUACGGCCGGUCGCUGGGCCACAGGAGCCCGGAGACUCAUCCGAAGCACCAUUUGGCUUCAGGACAGGUCAUGAAUCCAGAGCUCUACAUUCAGAGGCACAGGGGCAGUUUAGGGAGUGGACCCGGAAGCCCGGAAUCUAGACAGCUGCUGCUGGGAACGUCAGAGCUUCAUCAUGACAAAAGCAAGCUGGGAGGUAGUCCUGAGAUGCUGAGGCACCAGUACAACAUGGGACCUGAGCACCGGAAGUUUGGCAGCCCUGGUAGAGAAGCGUCGCCAAGGAGACUGGCCGGAGAUGAGCUGUCUCCACACCAUCGGAGCAUUUACAAUGGAGUGAAUGCUUUGAUAUCAGCUGGAUGUUGCAGCAACAACUGCAGGAAUGUGAAGAUCUGGGACAGUUUCGAUGGCUCCUCUUGACCACGCCGCUCACUGUCUGUUUCACGGGGCAGGUGUUCCAUCCCUUCAUCUCGGAUGCGAUGGCCUGGGAAGUCAGAGCCCAUUUCAGUUGUCAUAACAGCGAUUUGCUUUGGGGACCCCUGGACAGGGUGCAGUCAUUUCAAAGAGACUGAAGUGAGACACGACAUGUUUUUCCUGCCAGUCCCGGCGUAAGAAGACGCACGCACAAUACGCGGUCACACAUAGAGCUGUGAGAAUAUAUUCGUGUCCUGUGGUUUACAGAUGUCUAACAGUACUGCGUCCGGGUACUCAAACACUGGAGACGUUCCCUUCUCUACAUACAGUACGUGUCUGUCCGUGUCAUUCUCACUAGCACUAGGACACAUAAAACAAGACGCCGUGGCUUACUCAAAGGUGCUUUAGUGUUUCUUUUGAAGCAAAACUGAAAUAUACAUUGUUCCUUUUUCAUCCAAACCUCUUUAAAGGAGCGUCAGUGUUUGUUUGUUUUUCCAUAUCUCCGAUCGUUUUUAUCAACGGUGCAAUGACUGUACAUGUCGUCGUCAGUGUUUGGCACUGAUUUCGUGUGUGUGUACGUGUGUUUGUUGGCUUUUUUCUGUCGCUUAGCUCCUGUAUAUAAGCUGAUGAGGUUUCAUGUUGUUUUAUAGACAGAACUACAACACAGUACAUAUAGUAAAUUAAUGGAUUAGUUUUAUAUGCAUAUAAUGACUAUUAUUUUUGACUUACAGCUAUUAUUAUAACGAUAAUAAUAUAAAUAUAUCUAUGUGCAAAAUAUUAAAGGAUUUUCAUUACUUACACGCGGCGGUCGUUAUUUGUUUCACUAAUUUAAGACACGAAGCUUUCGUCAGCAAUCCAGCUCCCAUGUCGCUCGUUCGGGUUGUUUUUAUGCAAAUUAGACGUGUUGGGCUGCGUCGGGAGAACCGAGGACGAGAGAAACCCCACGACGGUCUUUCACAACACAUCUCUUUGUAAGAAACCGGGUUCUUUAACGUGGCUCAACUUCAGAGGGUUUUAAAGUUUUUUGCUUCAUAAAUAACUAAUCAUUUUCUCCACUUCAAUACCGUGAAAAGCUUUCGCUUUGCUUUUGAGAUCCGCCUUCAGGGCCGCUUCAUCAGGGCGGCUGCGAUCGGAUUUUGGUUUCAGAGUAUUUGCGUGCGAUGAAUUCGAUUGAUCCUCUUAUCAGAAACGCUGUGUAGAUAAGAUGUGUUGUGCUGUGCUUUGAGAUCUCGGUUAAAACGCAUAGAUAUUUAUGUUCCUGGCACAUCUUUUUUCUUCUUAGUCUGUGUUCACACUUAACACGUUCCUCGCUCUUUAUUAUUCGUGGGAAUAGUUUGUUAUUUUUGCACGAGUGACGCGAAAAACAUCACGCGACGGGGAGUGUCUUCACGUGUCAAACAGUUGGGGUCAGCGAGCUGUUUAGGGCAAAUUUCUUGCUCGAUUUGAACAUUUUUCAACUUGCGUGAGAGACGCGAUUGCCGUGUGUUCUUGGCAAUCACGCCGCCCCGCAUCAUUUGCAUCGCCUGGCGCAAGUUUCCAUCGAUUCGCAUCUUUGCAUUGACUUUGUAUGCAAUUUACUCGCGCAAAUCGCUUAAUUCGCGUUUGGUGUAGACACAACAUUAUUUUUUUUAUUAAAUAAAUACUGCACACUGCGUACUACAGUACUGAAGAGAAAUCAUAGGCAUUAUGUUUUAAACAUUCUGUCACAUCAUCUCAUCUGACUUGUGUCCAGUUACAUAAAACUGAAGCAAAUGCAGAUUUUUGCGAAAACUUAAGAUGUGAUAGUGCAACCAAAUAAUGACUUAAAAUAGAAGUUAAAAAUUGGGUGUAAGGAGAGGCCUCCAUCAAAUUGGGAAUGGACUCAAUGGAGGGUCAGGUGCAUUGUAUUGUAAAGUCCACACUGUACACAGUAUACAGUAUAUUCUCUCAUCUUUUUUAUUUGAAAACAUACAAAAAAUAUGUUCUUUGAAAACGAAUGCAUUUCUUGGAUGACUCACUUAUCGUAGAUCAAUCAAUGUCAGCCUUAGAACCAGACAGACUCAUUCAGUGCAGUGUGUGUGUCUGAUGUAGGGUAGAGAGAAAGGCAGCGCAGUGUGAUUAAGACGCAUCCGUGGCGGUGCAGGCGAGCUGACUGAGGGCUGGUCUCUCAGGUUCCCUGAGCUGCGCCCAGUUCCGCUCUGCUGCAUUGCAGUACAGUAAAGGAAAGGAGCGAACGGUUGAGAUGCGAGGAGAACGGAGGGAUGGCAGGGAGGAGAGGAGACAGAGAGGAGGUUUGAGGCCAGUAGCUGAAAUGUUGUGGGGAAGGAGCAGAAAGGUUAUGAUUACAGUAAAGGAGGUGAAGAAGAGUUGGUCUCAGACCAAAGAAGGCACAGCAGAGAAGUUACGGAGGUAAAGGUGUGGCAGAUAGGUUACGAUGAAAGAAAUGUUAUGAUUACAGAGGAGGAAGGGAAGUAAAGGAGUGUAUGAUUGAGAUGGAGCUGUUGAUAAAAACAGGGUAAAGCAUGGAGUUGGAAUAUCAUGGGCUUUAUCCACAUUAAUACGUUUGUGUUUUAGAUUCUUUUUGGCCUUACAUUUACACAGAGACAGCAUGUUUGUCAACAAAAAAUGAGCUUUUUAUAAUAAAACACUUUCCAAAGUGGAUAAAUCUGAAGGCACCAUUUUUAUGUUGUGGUGUGAGCAACAAAAAAGGCUGCUUUCAAUCACUAUUUAGCAGAAUCUUACUGUUUUUUUACAGAUUUUUCACGCGUGAUGUAAAAAUGUAAUUUGACUGGUUUUACAGAAUUUUACCGAUUUUUAACGUAUUUUUGAAAUACGGUUAAAAACAUAUAAAUAACACAAAAGGACGGCAGAUGUGCAAGAAAACAUGAAAAACCCAAUUUUCCUUGAAAAAAAGCAGAACAUUUCUGUUUUUUUACAGUUAUUUUGGGUGACCUCUAGUUCGAUAGUGUUAAUGUCAGUUUGUAAAUACUUCAGAUUGCAUCUUUUUAAAGAAGACGGUAUGUUUACAGCAGUAACCGUUCAUUUACAAACUCUGUGCCUUUGCUCUGCAUUGCCGCUACAUUUCAAAGAGGCGGAAAGAAAAAAAACGACUGACAGAGACGAUGCAUGUUGAAGCGGCUUACGUUAUGUUUACGUUACAUUUUCCUCGCACAACAUGGAUGUCAGUGUUUUCAGAGGUUUUAAAGGGAAAGUUCACCCGAAAAUGGGAAUUCUGCCAUGAAGUCCUAACCUUUCUUUGGUUGAACACAGAGAAAGAUAUUUGGAAGAAUGCUUGUAACCAAACGGUUCUUGGACUCCAUUGACUCCCAUUGUAGGAAAAAUGACAAUGGUAGUCAAAAGUACCACAGAACUGUUUGCUAUCUUCUUUUAUGUUUAACAGAACAAAAAAAAAUGUAUUUUUUCCUACUAUGGUAGUCAAUUCGAGGGUGAGUAAAUGAUGAAUGGUGAACUGUCCAUUUAAUGUGGAAAACGUUAUAGUGUGGACGAAGAUCAUUUAUAAACGUAAAUGUAUCUGGAUUAGUGUAGACGUAGUCAGAGGCGAGGCGCAACAGAACCUAGUCACUGCACCAGUCCAGUCUGGACAUCCCAACAAGGUCGGAUCAGGUCAGUUCUUCAAUCUGCCUAUCGAGCAGCCCAUCACUGCUUCUAUAAAUACUGUACAGCAUAUGAUCUGCUUCAGAAGAUGGAGGACUGACAGCUCAAGGUUCAGUGACGUGAUGGAAACAUCAGCAUCUAUUCAGUUACUCUACGCAGAUGACUUAGUUAAGCUCAGAUACACUUCAAUGAGAAUAUUUUUUAGAUUUGAAUUCUGCAUUCCUUCCCUUUCAUAUGUCACUUUAAUACUUAAUAUUGAAGAUCACUAUUGAAUAAUCACUACCAAAUAAAUCAACUUUUUGCCUCAAUGGUUAACCACAAUAUUAAAGGGAUAGUUCAUCCACAAUGAACUCACCCGCAUGUCUUUCCAAACCCGUAUGACUUUCUUUCUUCUGCAGAACACAAAAAGUAUACUUUGAAGAACACUGGUAACCAAAUGGCUCGUAACUUGUUAACAACCUCCUGUUCAACAGGAAGUGAUCAAAUCAACCAUUCAAAUGAAGGGUCAAAACGCAGAAGUGAAAACUGAAUUUAGAUAUGUCAGGGACCUAAUAAACAUAUCAAAGCAUUGAGAACGUUCCACACAAGAGUUUGGUAAAGAUGGAGAUCGGAGGCGGAGAUAAGGCACUUAGGAGCUGGUCCAUAAGCACUGUGUGAAUGAUAGUCUUUAGCCUGAAUGGGGUCUAAUUUACCAGCUCUAAUUACUGACUGCAAGAGCUCAAAGUGCAGAGAGAUAGCAUCAGUCAUUAGACGUUCCUUAAUUUCUCUGCAUGCCCAUUUUCUACCACCCCAGCCUUUAUAUUAUCAGCUCUUUCCGAGCAGCCAAGAAUAGAACAGGAGAAAUGUGUUAUUUGGGGACGGACAUUUAUGUUUCUAACACAGACUCUUCAUUUAUUCUGCUGGCAAACUCACUUUUACAACCAGAAGUCAUUAUUAUAUACAUUAACCCCAACAGGGUGAUGGUGAACCUUAUUAUAACUACAUAUGGUAUGAAGAGUUGAUUUGCAAAAACAGAUAACUCCGUUUUUUUAAAACAUUAUUUUUUUCAUAUUGUGUUAUUUAACAUUUACAUGUUUUUAUUGUGUUAGCUGUAUUUUUUAGUUAUUUUUAUAAUUACUUAAUCAAAACAACCCAACUACAGGUUUAUUUAUUAUAAUAGGAAUGCACAAUAAAAAAACAUGAUUUGGAAACAUUUUAAAAGACGAAUCUGUUUUUGCAAAUGAGCUCUUCAACGUAAAAUAUUAAUUUGAGCUACGAUUAUUUAUUGAAGACAGCAAAGAGAGGGAUAUAUGAGUGGUCAGUUAUACAGUGUAGCUAUGGACAAUGGUUAUUUUUUCCGUAUAACUGCCGAGCGCCGUGUAUUAUUGCAUCCAACAUGUCCUUACGUAAAAACGUAUGUAAUACCCACAAAUUUAGUUUUAUUGCAGGUUUAUGUAACAUUUAUAUUUAAUCUCCCUCCACUGGGAAGAGGUUUAAGAGAGUGUUGUAGUGCGGUAGAUGUCGACAGCUAUAAAGGAGUACAGCACAAAGCUUUGUAAUGCGUGACUGUGCGGUGACAUGCAAAAACAGCUCCGAAUCUGAAUGCAGCUCGCUCGCAGACUAAAAACUAAAACGAUAUGCAGCUUCACUUACUGAAUAUUAAUUGCAUGAAGAUACUUUAGCAGAUGACCUUAAAUGAUCAGGUGAAACAUACAUCUGGAUCAUGCACGUUAUUCAUUUCAGCGAAUUUUUACAACGCUGUAUUUAGUGCCCACGAGCCCAUAAAACCUGACAACGCAUGAGAAUGUUCAAAUGCAGUAAAUAUCGCCCAAUUAGAAGCUCUUUUCCCGUAUCCUAGACAAGACAGAACGUUGUAAAUGAGAGAAAUCUGUUCCAGGCACUGCACUCGGUAAUGCAGAGUUUGCUAAAAAUACCAGGUGCUCUGAGCCUUCUCCGGGCCGGAGGAAAAAUCAAGAGAUCUCUAUUCGCACGGCAAAUCAAAUUGCAUUCCCGUGGGAAUGAUUAUGAAUAUGGGACCUUUUUAUGCUAAUGCUAUGAGAGAAUCUAUAGGGAUUUCUUCGGCCAGUAAUCCAUAUAAUCACACACAGAAAGUUAAUUACUGCAGUGACGGUCAAGGAGACUUUAAAAAGUCAUUAAAAGAGCAGAAUGACUCUGACAAAUUACGAAAUGUUGGAAGAUACAACAAAAGAAAAAGGAAAGACCUGAAGACUCACUUUAAAGGGACAGUUCACCCAAAAAUAAAAAAUCAUUACUCACUCACCCUCGAUUUCAAAAUAAGUUUAUUUUUCCCACAGAAAGAUAUUUGGAAGAAUGCUUGUAACUAAACAGUUCUUGGACACCAUUGACUACCAUAGUAGGAAAAAUGACAAUAAUAGUCAAAAGUGCCCCAAAACUGUUUUCCUACAUUCUUCAAAAUAUCUUCUUUUGUGUUCAUCAGAACAAAGAAACUUAUAAAGAAAUUGAUCCUCCUAUGGUAGUCAAUGGUGGACAGGAAUUGUUUGCUUACAACAUUCUUCCAAAUAUCUUUCUCUGUUUUCAUCGGAAACAAAGAAAUGCAUACAGAUUACUCGAGGGUGAGUAAAUGACGACAGAAUUUUACAUUUUGGGUGAACUGUCCCUUUAAGUGUAGCUCAAUGUUUAUAUUUUCUCAGGACUUGAUCUAUUCUGGCACAUAGCGUUCUAUACGCUCUGCUCUCCCACGCCCUGUCAUUACUGUCAGUCUGGGGUAAGGGAUGGAUAUCACACAACAGAUUAAUGUGACCUUAUCUUUACAGCUCGCUACAAAUACACCACUCACCGGGUGUCGUUUCUACAAUCCAUCUCUCUACAUUCCCGUUACACUCUCAUGCACUCACAACAGCUUCCUGUUAAACAAACUCGUCAGGAAGCAAGCGAUAUCUUACAAAAUGUAUCACGAGUAACCGGCGUUUGCUCAUCCGACAUGCAGCUGCAGGCUGAAAUGUGCAUCAUGCAUAGACGUUGCCUCAAAGCGCUCUGUCACCAGCCGAUCUGAAUCAGAUUCGAUGUCAGUAUGUAUGACUGAUUCUGACGGUACAAGCGCUUUACUCGUGUACUUCCUGAGUGCACGGCACUGUGGGGUCUGUUUGGUGAUCUGUUCAAAGGAAUAUUAUGAGGUUUUUGUUUUACCUAAAGAUUUUUUGUUGAAAGCCUUUGAAUGUUUCUUCAGUGGAACACAAAAGAAGAUAUUUUGAAAAAUGUAUCAGCAACAAUGGUAAGAUCCCUAUAUCCGGGGACGCAUCAUGGACCAGCCGAGAAUCUGCAAUAGAUGAACCGGAAUGGUAUGGCAUAGUUCUCUUUAUGUAUUACAGACCUCCUUGAUUUAUUCACACACACUUGGAAACUACUCAAAAUUCUUGUUUGCCGUAAUAAACAGCAACCCACGGAUGCGGAACAAAGAAAUGAUGCUGAAAAUAACCCAGAAUUUUUUUCAACGCUAGAAACAUAAGCACGUCUCCACAGCACGACUCUCGUUAAAAUCUCCAGGACAUUGAACCACUGCGAUUCACUUUCCAGACAAAGUACCGCCCACCCCUGACCCAAAACUCCACCAGUGAGCGUAAGAAUCAAAAUGACCUUUCUCUCUCGCGCGCACGCACGCACGCACGCCUCUGGCUCUGAUUUUUAAUCACUUUGAGAUUCCUCCCCAGAGAGUGCACCUCCCGGCUCUGGCUGUUUGGUGUUGACUCAAACCUGAGAUCCGAUCCCUCUCAUCAUCACAGACGACAGUCACAUCCCACAGCGGGACUCCAGAGGCCGGCACUGUGCUGAUUCAUCCUCUCCUCGCUGCCGGACAGAAAAAUGUGUGUGUGGGAUUGAAUCUGAAUCAUCAAAGGUGGGACUGAGUAGACACUGAAUACCAGGACAUAAAUAUAUAUGUAAUUUCACCAUUUGUAUCAUCAGCAUCAUGUCUGUAAUGCCCACAUAGUCUUUUUGCUACCCUUCCCCCCACGCCCCUCUCCUCGUCCAAUCAGAAUCAGGCACCACGUUUGUCUGAGCUGUGUGUUAACAGGGCCUUUCCUUGCUUCUUUCGGCUGCCCAUUGAUUUGGUCAGCUAUCUGGAUGGGCCGAUCACUAGAGGGGUUGGGGACAAGAGAUAGAGAAGAGAAAGAGAGAGAGAUAAUGAAUGAAUGAAUGAUGAGGCAUUUAUAUUGCGCUUUAUUGUGAAUGGGGCGAUUCACAUUUCGCAUCUUCUGCGCAAAUUUUUGUAUUCUAUUCCCAAACAUAAUAGUUACUGACAUUUUUCCAAAUAUCUUUCUUUGUGUUCAGCAGAACAAAGAUAUGUAUACAGGUUUUGAACAAUCUGAGGGCGAGUUAUAGAUGAACGAAUUUUCAUUUUUGAGUGAACUAUCCCUUUAAUGUCACAUGAGUUUUUAUCGAAAUUAGGAUUUAAUGCUUCAAAUAACAUUUUAGCAUCUCGCAAGUCAUUUAUGUCACAGUUAGUUUCUCGGAAGGGUACAAGUUCUCAAGUGAGUAUCAUCUCCAUCCUUCUUAAGUGAGGAAAUGCUUACCAGCGUGAUAAAAACAGGCCAAGUCGGCCUUAAAAGCAGGGCCAAGAAAGAGAUUGAUCAUGUUUCACCUGCUUAUAGAUACAAACAGCACAUUUAUACCUGAAUUUUCGCUUAUUUUAGCUUGGCUUGCAUUCCAUGGUGUCAGAAUGUCCAUUCCACAUUCCACAAAAUCUGUCCUGUAAAGCGUUAAGGUACGGUCGUGAAGAAGCAGAAAAAGGUUUAAAACCGCUCAGAAUCUGCCCAUGUUAUUUAAAUACGUGUCUGAACCAGAAAAUGUUUAUAAAAAAAAGACCAUGAGUUUUGCAAGUCCAGCCUGACAAAUGAUCAAACCUCUUAAAAACCAGUAAAUUACUCCAGUCUGACCACUUUGACCAGUAUAUGAGAUCAGCGUUUAGUCAGAAUCAGUCCGUUCAGAGAUGUAUCGGUUGGUACAGGGUAUUUUUGGCAUCUACCUGCAGUUCUGCAUUAUCUCCAUUCAUACACAGAUGCUCCAGAUACUGAAGUGAGGGGGUGAAGAUGAAGAGAGAAAGAGACAGACACAGAAGGACUCUCUCACUCUGUGACUUUGCACUUUUCUCCUCGUUGAAACUGUGAGUUGUAGGCUGUUUGAGGCAGCGCUCGUGGGAACGUCUGGUGAAUGUGUUGUGAUAUGUGAUUGGUAUCCUGACAGUUAGAAAUUAUUGAUCAUUUCAACGAAGAUACAAUAUUAAAGAAGUGCCAUGAUGGAUUAAAUAUGCAGGAAAAUAAAUCUGCAAUAGAUUCACUGAGAAUUCACAGAGAUGGGAUGUCUUAGCACGUUAUGAGUGGAUCUCUUUUCAAGCUGACUUGGAUGUGUCAAAAUGUGGAACAACUGUUUUAAAAGUGAUUUUUCACUAUUAUUUACAACAGGAUACACCUUUUCAUUGGUUUACAUACAAGAUUUUUGUUAUAAUCGACAAUAAAAACAACUUUAUGCUUUAACACUCAAUGAACUCUAUUUUCAAGGCAACGAAUUUGUGAUUUGUGACCAAACAUUUCAGUCUCUGAGUAAUAUUUAAUUGAUUUAAAUAAACUUCAUUCUGUAUAAUAAGUGAGUAUAAUGCAAAAAUAACAAUAAUGCAAAAAGCAUUUUGAUUUAUAAUUACCCAAAAAUAAAACAUAGUUCGUAUGCAGUUUAUCACAACUUGCUUGUGGGCAUCAAUCACUUCAAUGAAUAAUCACCUUACGAUACAUCUGUUUUCAAAUCAUCUGAAUAUCAUGACAAAUAACAUGCAUAAUGCACUUCAGUAUUUACAAGAAGCACAGUUCUUACAUUAUUUGUAAAUUUAAUGAUCCCUUAGUAGACUUAAUAAAUAUUUUAUUUUUAUAAAAUAAAGCACAUUGUAGGACCACAGUGUGGAAAUACUGUGAUGACAAUUAAACACAUUUUCUUCAUAUUUUCUUAACUGUAAUGCAAAGACCUGUUUAUGUUAUAUCUGUAAAUUCUGUAUAAAUGAAUGUUGAACUAAUCUGAAUUUUUGCUGAUCAAAAUCAUUCUAUUACUAUAAGAAUCACUUUUGAGAAUAAUGAGAAUUGCAACAAAACCUUGCGAUAUGUUGUGAUAUUGAGAAUUUAUCGGGAUGUAGUUGUCAUUAAAAUGGUCACAAACCAUCCAAAUGGAUGUAAACAGGCAAAUAGGACAAUGCAGCCCAGCAAUGACAGACUAGUGUGUGUGUGUGUAAGCAUUACUGUGAAGAGUUUGUUUUCAUACUGAGAUUCUGCAGCAGGUGGGCAUGUUGGGCCUCAGGGAGCGUGAUGGGAAAAUAAAGUCCCUGAGAUGUCGAGUUCCCAUGAUGCACUGAUUACGACAUCAGAAAGCCGCACAGGGUCUCCAAUAAACCCAUUGUGGUACUGUUUAUGAACACGUAUACUCUAAACCCACAACCCAAAACAAAACAAUUUCCCACAAACUGCUCCAACACACGCAGCAGUCCAGAGAAACAAAACACACAAACAUGAUUUUUUCUAGACUCCACCCUAAUGCAUUCUCCUCCAGGGAAAUCUCUUGGUUUCACACACAUGCAACAACGGCAUUGGUAAAUGUUCCAAGGUUACAUGUGAUUUAUUACUUUGUCUUGAAGAAAGCCCAAUGUGUUUGUCUUCCAAGGCUUUCCAAUCUUUCCCGAAAUGUUUUUGACCAACAAAACGGAGUAUAUUACAGAGUCAUAGAGAAACUAUGUUUAAACCAGUUAUCUCCAGAAUGGACCCCGUGAAGCCGGUGGGUGUGGGUUUUAGGUAUAUGUCAUUGUGCUGCUUAUCAAACCAAACUAAACGCUCUCAAUAAACCAAAAGAAUGCCAUUAAAUACCACAGGACACCAGACAGGGUGCUGGCCAAUGAUUGGUUAGCAGACUUAACUGAUAAUGUUUAAAUGAACUUUGUGACUGAACACAGAAUAAGAAUAUUUAAUGAAUAAACACUCUCCAGUCUUUUCAUAAUUAAUGAUGUUAGUUGUUGAAUAGAGCAAUGGUUAAUUUAUAAAUGAUUGGUUUUAGAAUUUCUAACCCAAUCUGAUGACAAUUAGUAGCUAUUUUACAAGGUGGCUACUUCGUAGGAAUUUGUACGAUCCGAUUCGUUCGUUUUAUUGGGGUCUGCCUUUGCAUUUGUGACGUUGGGUUUAGAGAUCUAAAACGUCAUAUCUUUUUCUAAAAUCAUACAGAUUCAAAUUCAUACAAAUUAGCCACCUUAUAAAAUAUAAUUAUUCAUUUAUUAGAUUAUUGCAUCAUUAAAUUAUAAACGUAUAACAUUGCUGCAAAACCAAAUUUGU